GAAAAAAAUAAAAAAAAUAAAAAUCAUAAACCCUUCUCUUGGAACCCUUUCUUCUUCACCAUAACCCCUCGCCGUCGUUCGCCCUAACCAGCCACAGUCGCCGGAGAUCCAGAGCUUUCCAUUGGGGAUAUCUGUAUAAUAGAAUUAACAUGUUGGACGAGAGCAAAUUUGAAACGCAUCUGAAAUUGUGGGCACUUCGGGUCCCUCGUGAGCUUUGCAAGGUUGUCAGCCGCAUCUUGAAUGGUUAUUUAUUGGACAAGCCCCGCGUAAAGCCAAUAAAUGAAGACCCAACAAGUGAAAAGACCCGUUACCUUGUACUAUCUGAGAAGGUUCAACAUUCUGAUUUAUCAGAUAUUCCAAGUGAAAAAAUAGAUGAACUGAAGUUGCUUUUUGAGGUUGAAGUGGUUCCCUAUUCUCUGACAUUAGGAUAUUCUUACUGGGGCGCAGAUCAUGUGCUGAAGCAGAUUCUACCUCCCGGAGUUGAGGUACCUUCAUCUUUUGAGACUGUAGGUCACAUUGCCCAUCUGAAUCUCACAGAUGAUACACUUCCUUAUAAAAAUGUUAUUGCAAAGGUCAUAUACGAUAAAAAUCACCCAAGGAUCAGAACCAUUGUUAAUAAAGUUGGAAGUAUAACCAAUGAGUUCCGUGUGCCAAAGUUUGAAGUUCUGGCUGGAGAUGAUGACAUGGUUACAGAAGUUAAGCAAUAUGGUGCAAUAUUUAAACUGGAUUACCGCUCGGUUUAUUGGAACUCAAGAUUGGAACAUGAACACAUAAGGCUCGUCUCUCAGUUCCAAUCAGGAGACACAAUUUGCGAUAUGUUUUCUGGUAUUGGCCCAUUUGCCAUCCCAGCAGCACAGAAAGGAUGUCUGGUUUAUGCGAAUGAUUUGAAUCCAGAUAGUGUGCAUUAUUUGAAGAUUAACUCUAAUUUAAACAAAGUCGGAGAACUGGUCCGCACCUACAACUUGGAUGCGAGGAAAUUUGUUCGCGAAUUGAUGUCAUCAGCUUCUGCUCAUGAUAGCAUUCUUGAGUCUUGUUCUCACCCUAGCACAGGGGAGACGUGCAUCAAGCAGGCUACUGUUGAAGUGGAUUCUAUAAAUCCUGAAGGUAAACUUGGAGCUCGCGAGAUGGAGGCAGCAGAAAGAACAUGCUCAGAUCCUGUUGCAAGUGUCACUGCGGUUAAGAGGUGCUCUGUUCAAGAAGAUAGUAAGCCGGAACAUAGGAAAAGCAAAAGAAUAAAAAGCUUGCAGAUACCAAGUACUAAGCCAUGGGAGCAUGUUGACCAUAUUGUGAUGAAUUUACCCGCUUCUGCUCUACAGUUUCUUGAUGCAUUUAGGGGCCUUAUCCAAAGGAAACACUGGAAGGGUCCUUUACCCUUGAUUCACUGCUAUUGCUUUAUGCGGUCCAAUGAAACCAAAGAGUUUAUGUUUUCUGAGGCCGAGUCUACCUUAGGUGCUAGCAUAAAAGAACCAGUGUUCCAUAAAGUCAGAGAUGUUGCUCCGAACAAGGCAAUGUAUUGUUUAAGCUUUAGAUUGCCAGACGAGACAUGCUUGAACGAAGAAAUUUCCAAAAGCACACAAUAGGUUUUUGCUAUUAGCAAGAGACAGGAGGUAGCAAAAGGAUAAGAAUGAGGGGGCAAAAGGCAUUAUUAUGUAAAAGAGAAAGAGUAGACAUAUUUUAUCCAUCUUAUUGAGAAUGGCACAAUAAACAAGAAAGAUCCUUUGAGGAGCUGCUGCUGCUAUAAUUUAUAAUUGAAUUUUGUAUGGGAUUAGAAACUUUAAAGAAAAGGUUUUAACUUUGGGAAAAGGGUGUUGUUUUUGGGGGUAAAAAGAAGAUCAGCAAGAAAGAAGGGAAAGAUUGAAUUGGGGAUGAUACACGCCAGCUCAGGCUGUAAAGUUUGCUUUCAUAGACAGAGAGAUACUCAUCCCCAUCAAGUCAAUCUUCUUUCUAGUCAAAUCUUUUUAGGAGGAUUAUGUUAAUCU